AUGCUUUGUAAUACUGAAAUAAAAAAUGAACGUCGACAUAUUAUUCUUAGUUCAGUUGUUCGAGUUUAUAAUAAUAUAACAUUACCAUUAUUUAUUUUAAAUGUUGAUUUAACUGAUCCAAAAAAUUCUAGUCGAAUAACAAGAAUUGAAAUUAAUGAAGAUUAUCAUGUACCAAUUGAUUUACUUUAUGCAUAUGCAAGUUUACCAAUAUUUAUUGCAAUUGAUGAAAGUGAAGAAAAUGUCGAACAAUUUACUUUAAAACUAAGUCAAUUACAUUUAGUUAAAUCUAACAAUAGAAACUCAUCAUUAGUUUUUACUAUUUCAUCACAUGAUAAUAUAAUAUGGAUAUCUGAAUCGGUUGAUUUAAAAGUUGAAGGAAAAGAUAAUUAUAAUGAACAUAUUGUCAUCUUUCGUAAUCUUCAACAAAUAAUACUAAGAAUGAUUUUACGUGUUGAUACUUUUCAUGAAUCAUAUCGUUUAUUAUUAUAUUCAUCAUUAUGGAUUCUUAAUUGUAUAGAUCUUAAACUUGAAUUUCAAAUAAAAUAA